AUGGCUCGUGCCGUCUCUCGCCUCCUCCCCUUUCUCCUAUGGCGGCCUCCCCGACCUCUCCUCCUCCGCCGCCGCCCACUAAACCCUAGCCCCCAACCCCUGACCACGCGCGCCAAAGCCCUCGCCUCCUUCAGCUCCCUCGUGCUGCCCGGCGACGAGCGCUCGCCUCCGUCUUCUCCCUCGCGCCGCGCGCCGCCGAGCUAUGGGGGCGGCGGAUCUCCGGGGACGAUCGCCGCCGUCGUCACCGCCCUCGGCGGGGGCCCCGCGGCCGUCGGCAUUGUCCGCCUGUCCGGCGCCGACGCCGUCGCCGUCGUCGCCCGCGUGUUCCGGCCGGCCAGGAAGGACCCGGCGCCCUGGAAUCCCCGAAGCCACUUCGUGGAGUACGGGGUCGCGCUGGACGGAGAUGGGAGCGUCAUCGAUGAGGUGCUGGUGGUGCCCAUGCUGGCUCCGAGGUCCUACACCCGAGAGGAUGUGGUGGAGCUCCAGUGCCAUGGGAAUGACCUUUGCUUGCGUCGUGUGCUGAGGGCCUGCUUGGAGGCUGGUGCCAGGCUCGCCGACCCUGGUGAAUUCACUCUUCGCGCAUUCCUAAAUGGGAGGUUGGACUUGGCUCAAGCGGAGAACGUCUCGAGGCUUAUUUCAGCCAAGUCUGUAGCUGCAGCAGAUUCUGCCUUGGCUGGCAUCCAGGGAGGCUUUUCUACUCUAGUGAAAUCUUUGAGAUCAAGGUGCAUAGAAUUGAUCACUGAAAUUGAGGCUCGUUUAGAUUUUGAAGAUGAGAUGCCUCCAUUGGACCCUAUGAUGCUGCUCAGCAAAAUUAACAGCAUGAGGCAAGAGGUUCAGGAUGCUCUGGAUACUGCAAAGUAUGAUAAGCUGUUGCUGUCUGGUCUACAGAUAGCAAUAAUUGGCCGCCCAAAUGUUGGAAAGUCAAGCCUCCUGAAUGCAUGGAGUAAGAGUGAAAGAGCUAUUGUUACCGAAAUAGCUGGAACUACAAGGGACGUAGUUGAAGCAAAUGUCUCAAUUCAUGGAAUCCCUGUUACCCUUCUAGACACGGCUGGUAUAAGAGAAACUGAUGACAUUGUGGAAAAAAUUGGUGUAGAACGAUCAGAGACUGCUGCACUGGGAGCUGAUAUGGUUAUUAUGACAAUAAGUGCAGUUGAUGGGUGGACUGAAGAUGACACUAAACUUAUCAAACGUGUCAUGAUUGAUAAGAAAAGCUCAGGUUCUGAAGUGCCAAUGGUUCUGGUUAUCAACAAGGUAGACUGCACACCAUUUGUUUCAGGAGAAGAGUUUGAGAAAUUCAGUGGAAUUUUCAGAAAACAUGUGCACACGUGUGCAGUCACUGGUAAAGGCAUUUCUGAGUUGGAGAGGGCUGUAAUAGAGGUUAGAGGUCUUGAGUCCAUACCUUCCGGGGGACGGCGGUGGACUGUAAACCAGAGACAAUUGGAACAGCUCAUGAGGACCCAAGAAGCUUUCACAAGACUAGAGUCGUCGAUCAAUGAGCAGCUACCCUUAGAUUUUUGGACUAUAGACUUGAGGGAAGCUGCAUUGGCUCUGGCAACAAUCAGCGGAGAGGACAUAUCUGAAGAAGUUCUGAGCAGCAUAUUCAGCAAAUUCUGCAUUGGAAAAUGA